UAGGGUUUGCCUUUCAUCUUCUCUUUUCGGCUUCGUUGCUUCGCAGGAGCUGUAGAGAUUGCACGAGUCGCUUCUUCGGCUCCUUCGUUGCUGUUCGACUUCGCUUCUUCGACGACUUUACCUUCGUGUCGGAUCGGAAGUACAACAUUUUGAUUGGAAGCAACAACGGGAGCUAGCUGGCUGUGAAGGUAACUUUCUCCCUUUCGCGCGCUUCUUCGGCCGAAUUCUGUAAAUCCGCCGAACUAGAGGAUUUAGUAAAUCAGGGAUUUACGGAAAGAGGGAAACGGAAGAUUUAUUCCGCCGUGAGAUUUACGGGGCGAUCAAAUCCCGUUUGACAGGUUUAGCAUAAAUCCUGCUCAAAUCCUGCAUAAAUCCUGAUGCCAAACAGCCCCUAAAGGAUGCUUGUUUGCCUCAUUUGACGACGUCGGAUCAGAAGUCACGACGGGAGCUCGCCGCGAAGAACAUAAGUGAUGUAACAUCGACUCAGAAUCUCUUAAUGGAGGAAGAAGACGAGGACAAAUGGUUGCUGAAUAGUUUGGGUGUCACAUCUGUUGCUCCUGAAACUAUUGAGCGUGAUCUAUUUACACAGGUGGGAAAUGUUGAUAGAAGUGAAUCUGUUGAGAGCUCUGAAAAGCAUGAUCUUGACAGAGAACAUCAAGUUGCUGAUCCAUCAUCUUCAAGCCGUGUCAAACUGUAUAACAAAUUGCAGGCAGUUGAAGUUGAAAUAAGUGCUGUUGCUUCUAGUAUUACAGAAGAGAAGAGUGAGACGGUGGAUGAUCAGAAAGUCAGGGGUGAUGUGAAGAAGAAUGUUGUCCCUGUCCUGCUUACCCUUGAUGGGUCUUCACUUCAGCAGGCACUGGCAAAAGAUCGUCUAAGUAGUCUUCAGAGAACUAAAGCACGACUCCAAAAUGAAAUUUCUCAUUUUGAAGGGCAGGAUUCUGCCAGUAGGAAUGAACAUGAGGAGUUACUUGAAAGAUUGGUUAAAGAAAAGCCAAAGCACAACCUAAAGCAUAAGCCAGCAGAACAAUCUAACAAGCACUCUAAAAGGAAGGCAAAAACAGUUGCUUAUGAUGAAGAUGCUGAUUUUGAUGCAGUGCUCGAUGCUGCAUCCACUGGCUUUGUUGAAACAGAAAGGGAGGAACUGAUUCGGAAGGGUAAAUUAACCCCUUUCCAUAAAAUUAAAGGUUUUGAGCGACGUGUAGAGCUUCCUGGUCCAUCAAAUCAAAGUGAGGUUAUUGAAGGGGCUUCAAAUGACAAUUUUUCUUCAUCAAGCAUUGGGAAAGUUGCUCAAUCAAUGGAAGAUAUUGCACGCAAUCGCCCAUCAACAAAAUUGCUUGGUUUAGAAUCCUUACCUAUGCUUGAUCCACCUGCUCGUCCUUUCCGGAGGUUAAGAAAGCCUCAGAAAGUUUCUCCAAGCAAAGAGGACCAUGAGAAGAAAAAACAUAAGCUUGGAAAGUUGAAGAGACCUUUACCAGACAAGAAAUGGAGAAAAUAUGAUUUACAGAAGGAAAAAUUGCUCGAUGGAAGUGAUGGGGAUGCCGCUAUCUCUGAUUAUGAUAUAGAAAACCAAGACGAGGCUGCAGAUGAUGAGGAACAAUCUUGUGUGGUCCUUGAAGGAGGGUUGAAAAUACCUAAAUCUGUUUAUAAGCAACUUUUUGACUAUCAAAAAGUUGGCGUCCAAUGGUUAUGGGAGUUGCACUGUCAAAGAGCUGGGGGUAUAAUAGGGGAUGAAAUGGGCCUUGGUAAGACUAUUCAGGUGAUCUCCUUCCUUGGAGCUCUCCAUUUCAGCAAAAUGUACAAACCUAGCAUCAUUGUCUGCCCUGUUACACUUCUCAGGCAGUGGCUAAGGGAAGCUAAGAAGUGGUACCCUAAUUUUGAUGUUGAGAUACUGCACGAUUCUGCUCCUGUACAGCCAUUAGGAAGAUCCAAUGAUAGUGACUGCGAUAGUGAAGCUUCAUUGGAUAUUGAUUAUGAUAACCCUUGCCCUAAGAAGCCAAAGAAAAGUUGGGAUCAUAUGAUAGAUAUGAUUGCGAGAUCAGAAGCAGGUUUGCUGCUCACCACAUAUGAGCAGCUACGAAUUCAUGGUGAGAAGCUGCUUGGCAUUGAAUGGGGAUAUGCUGUCUUGGAUGAGGGUCACCGCAUUCGAAACCCUAAUGCUGAAGUGACCUUGGUUUGCAAGCAGAUACAAACCGUGCACCGAAUAAUUAUGACAGGAGCACCAGUUCAGAACAAGCUUUCUGAACUCUGGUCCCUUUUUGAUUUUGUCUUCCCCGGUAAAUUAGGUGUUCUACCUGUAUUUGAGUCUGAGUUUGCAGUUCCAAUCACUGUUGGCGGGUAUGCUAAUGCAACUCCUCUUCAAGUGUCUACUGCUUACAGAUGCGCAGUUGUCUUGCGAGACUUGAUCAUGCCAUAUCUCCUUCGACGUAUGAAAGCCGAUGUGAAUGCUCAGCUUCCCAAGAAAACAGAACAUGUACUAUUUUGCAGCCUAACACAAGAGCAACGGUCGGUUUACAGAGCAUUUCUUGCGAGCUCUGAGGUAGAAAAAAUUUUUGAUGGUAGCAUGAACUCCCUCUAUGGUAUAGAUGUGAUGAGAAAGAUCUGCAAUCACCCUGAUCUGUUAGAAAGAGAACACUCUCAUCAGCAUUCUGACUAUGGAAAUCCAGAACGGAGUGGAAAGAUGAAAGUGGUUGCUCAAGUACUCAAGUUGUGGAAGGAGCAAGGUCAUCGUGUUCUUCUUUUCACUCAAACACUACAAGUCUUGGACAUCAUUGAGCGUUUCCUCACCAAAAGUGAAUAUAGCUACAGACGAAUGGAUGGACUAACUCCUAUUAAGCAGCGAAUGGCUCUCAUGGAUGAAUUUAACAAUUCCUCUGAAACUUUCAUUUUCAUAUUGACGACUAAAGUUGGAGGUUUGGGAACAAAUCUGACUGGUGCAAACAGGGUUAUCAUUUAUGACCCAGACUGGAAUCCUUCUACAGAUAUACAGGCAAGAGAAAGAGCUUGGAGGAUUGGUCAGAAACGAGAUGUAACAGUUUAUAGACUGAUCACACGUGGAACCAUAGAGGAAAAGAUUUACCAUAGGCAGAUCUACAAACAUUUCUUGACAAGCAAGAUCUUGAAGAAUCCUCAACAGAGAAGAUUCUUCAAAGCCAAGGACAUGAAGGAUCUCUUCACUUUGCAAGAUGAUGGAAACGAUAAUGCUAGUGAGACAUUAAAUAUCUUUGGUCAGUUGUCUGGAGGACUAAAACUUGAGAUUAGCAACAAUCAGGAUGAGCAACCAUCUCCAAUUAAAGAGAGUUCACCUGGACCCCAACAACAGCAAAAUGCCGAUCAAAGCAAUGGUUCAGCAGAUGAAAAGAACAUAUUGAAGUGCUUGUUUGAUGCUCAGGGGAUACAUAGUGCAAUAAACCAUGAUAUUAUCAUGAACGUCCAUGAUGAUGACAAAGUAAGGAUGGAGGAGCAAGCUUCCCGAGUUGCGCAAAGGGCUGCAGAGGCCUUGCGGGAGUCGAGAAUGCUGAGGAGUCGUGAAAGCUUUGCAACGCCAACUUGGACGGGAAAGUCCGGCGCUGCGGGAGCUCCAUCAUCCAUCCACAGGAAGUUUGGAUCUGCUGUGAACUCCCAUUUGAUUGGUUCUUCAUCCAGUAAUUUCACAGCUGGUGCUUCCACUGGUAAGACACUAACAUCAGCUGAGCUUCUGGCUAGACUUCGAGGUCGACACGAGCGAGCCAUGAGCGACGCACUCGAGCAAGACCUUGGCCAGGCAUCUACCAGCUCCAGACAGAAUGCUCAAACCUCAAGGACGGCUAGCAGGCUCACCAUAGUGCAACCAGAGGUUAUGAUUCGCCAGCUCUGCACUUUCAUACAGCAGAAAGGCGGUCAGGUCGAUUCGUCGAACAUAACACAACACUUCAAGGACAGGAUACAGUCCAAAGACUUACCUCUUUUCAAGAGCCUUCUAAGAGAGAUAGCUAACCUUGAGAGAGAUGCUAAUGGUGCUAGAUGGGUUUUGAAGCCUGAUUAUCAAUAACAUUCAGUGCUUCAACGGCUUUUCUAACUAUUGAGAUUAAGCCAACCAAAAUGAAAUUUUUUGUUUUGUUUUGCAACUGUAUAGUAAUUUUCCUUACCCUUCAAGUUGUAUGUAAAUCUGAUUGUCAUUAUUAUUUUAUAUAGA